AUGGAUCCUAGAAGAGUGAAAUUUCAUUUUAAUGAUUCAACAUCUAUGAACGUACAUUACAACAAUUUAUUUUAUAAAAAUAAUUACAACGAUCCUACUUCGAAAUAUUCAUUUUAUAAAUCUUAUAACAUUAGACAUAAAGAAAAGUUUAAUGGAAUCAACAAAAAUUACAUAGGCAAGAGAAAAAAUGAUUUUUCUCAACCUGGCUUAAAAAAAAGAACUUAUAAAAAAAGUAGAAAUAAUGUUUCCUCGAAAAUAAUUCCUCCCACAAUUGAAGAAGUUGACGAAGAAGCGAGAAGAAAGGAAAUUAGCGAUGUCGCUAGGAAACUUCUUAAAAAAAUCAAUGUUGAAAAUUCUAAAAGUGAAAUUAGUAUGAGUGGAAAUGAUGAUAAAUUUAAAUCAUCAUCUUUGAUAGACGUUGACAAAAAUGAAAACAAAUGUGUUGACGGUGUGAAUUGUGUUAAAAAAGUCGGAGGAAUAAGUAGUGUGAUGAUGGUAAACGGUUGUGAAAGCGGUAGAAAGAGAAUAGCUCAUUCUAAAAAUUCAAAUAAAUUAUGCAGUUUAAAAAAAACAUUACCUAAAUCUAAUCAUUUCGAUGAGGAAUCAUCCAAUUCAUCAAAUGAUUAUAAUGUUAAUAAAGAAGCUGUGAAAGAUUUUCAAAAUCGAAUUCAACACAAGUUAAUUAAUGAAAUUGUUCAAAUGCCCAAAGAAUAUCUUUACAACAUGCUUAAUAAUCCUAAUAUCAAUCCAAUAAUGCAAAAUAAAAUAUCAAAUUUAGUUAAACAAAAUAGAUUGUUGAUUGCUCAAAAACUCAGAGCCAUGGCCGAAACAAAAAUGAAAACUAAUAAUUGUUCGACAAGCAUUGAACUUUUAGCCGAUAUUGAUAAAAUGAUUGAUCCGGUUGUAGAGACUGAUUUGUCUGCAUUACCGAUAAAAUUAAUAAAACAAAUGGAAGAUAUUUUCCAAGUACAAUUUGAUCAUUCUAAUAAUAGCGAAACCUAUUUAUUAAAUCAAAAUAAUCAUGCCUUAAAUACAGAUGAAUGUGUAAAUGAAUCAAAUAAUAUUAUCAAUAGUAAAUUAGUUGAUUGCAUAAGUAUGAAAGAAGAAUGUACUGAUGCGAAAAAAAUCACAGACAUAGAAGAUUAUGCCGAUGAUGGAAAAUGUGAAUCAAUUACUACUUUUGAUUUUAAGAUUAAAGAAGAAGUUAUGGAAGAUAAAAUUAAGUUAAAUAUCGAUGGAACAAACAGCGAGAGUCACAUUGAAAAUCAGUAUGAUUCAAAUAAUACUAAUUCAUAUUUCAAAAGAAGUAAAAAACCAAUAAGUAGAGUUAUAGAAAUGGAAAAUAUAAAAAAAAGUACAAAUAAUUUCCAUCUUACGGAUAUUUCACUGCCUUUUCCACCUAAUGAAAUCAUUGACUCCACAAUGGAAGAAGAAAAAAAGAAAAUGGAUUCGAAAAGUUGUCAAACGGAUGCGAAUACCACCGAAAUGGCGUCAAAAGAAACUCAAACAAUUUUAGACAUGAAUAACGUGAUUAGUUUAAACGAUAUAAUCGAAGAUGAAAAUUUAGAUUCGAUUGAUAGUCAUUCUCUUUUACAAGAAAUAAAUACAAUUCAAAAAACUAUAAAUAAAUUAAAUGUGAAAAAAUUAAAUUUAUUUUUAAAACUAUCCGGAGUCGAUGUGACCAAUCGGAAUAAAAUUGAUAUAAUAAAUUAA